UUUCCGCGGGCCUCCUCGCCUCGGGGGUUACGACCACCAGCUCAUCCCUCCCUCCCCCUCCCCCUCCCCCUGCUCGUUAAUCACCCCACUAACCACGCAAUUAAUCCUCUCCCGGAACUCCCCACCAUUCCCCAGCCACAAACCGCGAGCGCGAGCGCAGACCCCCGUCCUCUUCUUCUUCGCCAAGACUCCUCGCGCCCGCCCCGGAUCUCGGGGCCGGUCGCCGCCUCAUGAGGUAGGGGAAGCCGAGGCGCGCCGGGCGGAGCGGUGAGGUCAGGCGGCGGCGGCGGCGGGGGGACAGGAUGGGGCUGAUCUCCGGGAUGGUGAUGGGGGUGGUGGUCGGCGUGGCCAUCAUGGCCGGCUGGAGCCGCGUCAUGCUCCGGCGCAGCAGGAAGCGCAUCGCCAAGACCGCGGAUAUCAAGGUGCUCGGGUCUCUCGGCAGGGACGACCUCAGGAAGCUGUGCGGCGACAACUUCCCCGAGUGGAUAUCCUUCCCGCAGUUUGAGCAGGUGAAAUGGCUGAACAAGCAUCUAAGCAAGCUUUGGCCAUUUGUUUCAGAAGCUGCAACAGCAGUGGUUAAGGAGUCCGUUGAACCACUGCUAGAUGAUUACCGGCCACCAGGAAUAAAAUCUCUGAAGUUCAGCAAAUUUUCUCUUGGGACCGUGUCACCAAAAAUAGAAGGUAUUCGUAUUCAAAAUCUUCAGCCAGGCCAAAUCAUAAUGGAUAUAGAUUUCCGUUGGGGUGGUGAUCCAAGCAUAAUCCUAGCUGUUGAUGCUGUUGUUGCAUCACUACCUAUUCAGCUCAAGGAUCUUCAGAUCUACACUGUCAUACGUGUCGUUUUCCAACUGUCAGAAGAGAUUCCUUGCAUAUCUGCUGUUGUUGUGGCUCUCCUUGCUGAUCCAGAGCCAAAAAUUCAGUACACCCUGAAGGCCAUUGGAGGAAGCCUAACCGCAGUUCCUGGACUUUCUGACAUGAUUGAUGAUACUGUGAACUCAAUUGUUUCUGAUAUGCUCCAGUGGCCACACAGGCUAGUUGUUCCACUUGGUGUUAAUGUUGAUACAAGUGACCUGGAGCUUAAACCUCAGGGAAAACUUUCUGUUACUGUGGUAAAAGCAACUUCUUUGAAAAACAAGGAGUUGAUUGGUAAAUCAGAUCCUUAUGUGAGACUGUAUGUGCGACCAAUGUUUAAAGUCAAAACAAAAAUCAUAGAUGACAACCUGAAUCCAGAAUGGAAUGAAACAUUUGAGCUGAUUGUCGAAGACAAAGAAACCCAAUCUGUCAUUUUUGAGGUUUACGAUGAAGACAAACUUCAGCAAGACAAAAGACUUGGUGUGGCUAAACUAGCAGUGAACAGUCUUGAACCUGAGAUCACCCGUGAAGUCACUCUGAAGCUGCUGCAUUCAGUAGAUCCACUUAAAAAUAGGGAUACCAAGGAUAGAGGCACAUUGCAUCUUAAGGUCAUGUAUCAUCCGUUUACAAAAGAAGAGCAAUUUGAAGCCCUAGAGGCGGAAAAGCAAGCCAUAGAGGAGAGGAAGCGUCUGAAGGAGGCUGGGAUAAUUGGUAGCACAAUGGAUGCAGUUGGUGGCGCUGCAUCACUAGUUGGUUCUGGUGUUGGACUUGUGGGCACUGGCAUUGGUGCUGGUGCGGGGCUUGUUGGCUCUGGUAUUGGUGCUGGCGUCGGGCUUGUUGGUUCUGGUUUUGGCGCAGUCGGCAGUGGCCUUGGUAAAGCCGGGAAGUUCAUGGGCAAGACUGUGGCAGGGCCUUUCAGCAUGUCCCGCAAGAACGGCAGCAGCUCUACUGCUCCCCAGCCUGAUCAACCUUCCAGGUAGUCUGAUGUACAGUGAAAGACAAUUCCCAUUUGUGACAGGGUUCCCGUUCUACUUUCUGUAAACCUGCGAGGCUGCAAUAUCUGGGAUUAUACGGAGUUUUAUGUUUGCAUUUCAGCACACUGCCAUCCGCGGUGCUGGUUAUAUGAAAUAUCUGCUGGUUUAUUUUGUUCGUUGUAACGGUACUUUUAUAGUAAAGAUUACUGUAAAUUAGAUCGCUUUGACAGAUUGAUGUAACAACGCCGUCGUAUUGAAGUUUACGGAAAGUCUAUGACGUGCUAGUCUGAUAUUAA